AUGGCCGUUCGAUGCUCUACCUGCGGUCAAUGGAUCAAGACGACUGGUGGAGCCCACAACUGCCCUGGCAGUGGCAAGGCCAAAGAAGAGCUGUAUGCUGUUCUCAACAACAACAAUAGCAAGGCCAACAAACGUCACGGCGACGGUGUCAACAACUGCCAAAAUGAAGGUCCUCUGCUCCAUUCUAUAACCUCCAUCUCAGCGACUUAG